AAAACCGCUUGGAGGCCGAGACCAAGGCUCCAGGAAAGGGCUGAUCUUCCCCGGGCACCCAGCAAGAGGGACGGAGCAGGAGCUCCGGAGGAGGAGGAAGCCUAGCCCGGCUCCGACAGACAGACAGACAUACAGAGAAAGAGACUGUCCCAGUUCACCUGGAGAUCGGAGACAGACAGCAAGACAGGGUAUUUCCACGAGGCCAUGGCAGGACACACAGGAACAGUGGCCAGUGAUCCAUCGCCCGAUGCUGAUCGGGCCCAUGUUGAUCCCCUGGUCAAGAUCUCGCUGGUCAAGGCUCACCCAAUGGACCGUCUGAGGAGAAAGAAGGACAGCGAGAGACUUCUUCGAACUCUCAAGCACCUGAUCAAGAAGGAGCGAGUGAGCGUGGUGCAGCCGUCUCCCUUGGUGACCAGGACUGGUUCUCCACCGGGCCUAGCAAGCUUAGACAGCCUGGCUCCAGCCGCUAAGCCGCUGGACCUGCAGGCCACCACCAACCUCCUGGGACAGGCCUCAGCUGUGUCCCCCGGCUGGGAGCUCCCAUCCACCGAGGCUGUGGAGAUGGAACUGAGGGAGGCUGAGUCGCUGGGACGGAGGACUCCAAGCUGUGAGGCCCCAGCUUUCCCAGAGGACGAAAUGAGCCUGGACCAUCUCCUGGACGUCCUGACCCAGCUACAGUACCACACGCGCCAGGAAAACGGAGUGUCCAUCUGCUCCCGCUUCCUGGUGGGCUGUUGUCUUGAAGGUGACUGCUGUCCUUACCACCACACGGCCCUGCCCUAUCACUGGCAGAUGAGGAGGGCAGCCACCCAGCACUGGGAGAGUGUACAGGAAGAAGGUCAGGAGAUGCUGGAAAGGUUGUACUGUGACCCUGACAAAGAGAAGGUCACCCUUCGCUACAGGGAUCGGAGUUUCACUGCAGACUUUGACCAAAUGACCAUUCAGAACGAGACGUUUGACGAGUUAAGGCGGCUCAGCACCUCGGACAUUGACCCCUCUGACAUCUUCCGCACAACCUGGAGAUACUACUGGAGGGACACAUUCGAGUGGAAGGAAUACCCCCAGUCACUUGCCCAGUAUUUCGAGGAAGCCCUCCGACAAGGCUUUGUGGUGAGGUACUUCAUGAUUAACCAGAACCAGCGAUACAAGGUGGAUCUCAAUGCCAGAUACCAGCAGAACAUCACCUCAGGCACAAAGAGAACCAUCCGGAAGCGACCCCUCUUCCAAUCAAUCGUCACGCUCCUGCCCUACCUCAAGACAUUGUCUGGGUCAUUUGAGACAUGCCCCUCUGUGCCUGAGAGCCCCUCGCCAGCUGCUACCAAUUCUGACUGUGAGCAUAUGUACCCAGAGACCUGGAUCCCCAUGGAUCCCAAUGUGGACUUUAUCAAAGUGCCCAUGUCACUGGAUGACAAAGCGUACAGGGUGGUCUACAACCUAUUCCACAAGACCAUGCUGGAGACUAAAUUCGUCAUCUUGAGCAUAUUACGGGUGCAAAACCAGUUCCUUUGGGACAAGUACAUCAGGAAGAAGCAGUACAUGGCUCGCAAGAUGUCGGAACGGGAGAGGAUGCUGAACGAGAAGCAUUUGUUCCACGGGACCUCACAACUCUCUAUCGACGGCAUCUGCAAGCACAACUUUGAUCCACGGGUAUCGGGGCGACAUGCCACUCUCUAUGGCCAGGGCAGUUACUUUGCCCGGAAGUCCAGCUAUUCCCACAGAUACGCCCAGCGUUCCGAGGAAGGAGUCCAUUACAUGUUUCUAUCCAAGGUUCUGGUCGGCAGGCACACUGUUGGCAAGCCGGCUAUGCGGAGGCCUCCAGCUGUCAUCCCCAAUGACCCCAGCAGUGACCUCUUCAACUCCUGCGUGGACAGCACUUAUGACCCCCAGAUUUUUGUCCUGUUCGACAAUGACCAAUGUUUUCCUUACUUUGUGGUAAAGUACAAAGAAGUGGGGGACAGCAUCACCGUUAGAUGACGGGCAGUCACCUCCAUCUCUUCUCUGCAAUGAUGCCAGUAACAGACGCCAAUAGCAUCCCUCAGACCCGCCAUCUCGACCAUGUGGAAGGACAGGGACAAGCAGAUACAUGGAAGCGCCAGACUCUGCAAGUUCUCCUCUGAGCCCUCGCCAUCCUGACUUGGAUAUACAUCCUUCAGUGUUGCCGGGUCAAAAUCCUGGAACUCCCUCCAUAGUGAUUCUAUGGGGUGUCCCUACACUACACGGAUUGCAGCUGUUUAAGAAGGAAGCGGAGAACCACCUUCUCCAGGGCAACAAAGAUGGACAAUAAAUGCUAGCCAGCCAGUGACACCCACGUCCUGUGAAUAUUGAUUUUGUUUAAAAAUAAAAAGAGGGGUCGGUGAUGAGGAACUGUGUCUGUGACAAUGGAGAUGAACAAAGUGUUGAGGCAGCGCUCCCUCUGGAUUCUGAUGUACACGCACUAUUUUUCUGUUUCCAUCCCCGUCCCACCUCCUGGGCCUGAUUUCCUCCAAUUUGAUCCUUUGUUGCUGCCCCUUUACCCCUGACCCUGGCCACCCCGAAAUCCUGUUCAGUUUCUUCCUCUUCUUGAAGUCUUGCCCCAACCGACAUGAGAAGUGUUUUGUUUGUUUGGGGUCUUUUUGUCUCCAGCUUUCCUGCUCUUUCAAUCUCUUUGGGAACGGGAGGAGGUAAUUCAGCUGCUUGAGGCUUGCCCCUAAAUCCAGUGGGUCAUGAGGUGAUCUGCUGUUUGGAUCACUUGAUUUGUUGCAAUAGAUCUAAUGCUCCAUCUUAGCAACACAGGGAUCAGUAUCAAAGAUCUAGAUUGACUGUGUGGUCAUUCAACACCCUGAUAGUCAAUUAUCACAGGAGUUAGAAUAAACCAAUUGCAGUGAUCAAUUGAUGCAGGAAGGAUGUUUCCCCAAGCUGGGAGGAGGGGGUGGGGGAGGGUUUUGAAGCAGAGGACCCAGCCUCUAAAUAAAUGACUGAGCUGAGUAGGAAUCUCGUCAUUCAGGCGAUAAAUCUUAGGAAUUCUCCACUUCAGAUGCGGAGGCUCCAUCAUUGAGCAUGUUCCAAAUAGAGAUUGAUAGAUUUCUAGAUGUUAAUGCUAUCAAGGGAUACUGCAAGAAAAUGGUGCUGAGGAAGGUCAGCCAUAAUUGUGUUGAAUAGCACAGCAAGCUUGAUGGGGUUGAUGGCCUGUUCCUCUUUCCUGUGAUCCUCUCUCGAUCAGAGGCUACAACAGAACCAGGCUAGAGGUGAGGAAACCCCCAUGAUAGAGAGAAUGGAGUGAGCUAUUCCCUCUGAAACAUGCCAUCGUCACUACAUUGCAUCUCAAACACGUCCACCAUUGCACUAACCCAACGUUGUUUUGGUUGAAGGAAUACUGUUUCCCCUUAACAGACUUGCCGUUUGGAUUGAUUGGACAGUUAGCCACCCAAAGUGAACUCAGUGUUUCAUCCUCCCGCAGCUGAGACACGCUGGCUCUGUGCCAUGAGGCUGAAAUGCUGUCUCCGUUGCUGGAGGUGUCAAAGCAGGUUUGGCAAGUACAGUGCAGAGAGGUGUGGGAGGGCAGUGUCUGCGCUUUCUGGACUUGCACAAUGUCUCCUCCCACCCCCAAAACACAGUGAACCCCCUUAUAACCUCCACCCCGCCCCAGACCUGGCAGCAGGAUCAUCUACAAAGCAGAUUUCUGCACAGGGAAAUCCCAGGACAGGCCCGUUCUGGAGUUGUCCUCCCAUGGGACCUGUUGGCAACUUCCCUCAGAUGAGAAAUCAGCAGCUGUGGUGGUUUCCCAUUUCCAGGACAUGAACAGGGAUCGGACCAGCUAUCCCGGCUGCUGAUUAGAGCAUCUCACUGGAUAUUCCCUGUUUGGGGUCAAAAUCCCAGUCAGAGUCAGGGCCUUUCAGAGCAGGAGGUCUUAUUCUUGAGGAAGAUGUGUUUUCUUUGGCUACUCCAGUAAUCCAUCUGUCACAGCAAUUAUUGAGUCUUAUAGAAGGAGACCAUUCUGAUCAUCAAGCCUGUGCCAGCUCUUUGCUAAAGAGCUUUCUGAUCACUCCGAACCUCUACACCAUGCUUUCCCCACAGCUGUGUCCUUAUUUCUCCGACAUCCCCCCCUUUUUGAAAGCUACUGUUGAAUGUGCUUCCUCUGUGUGAGGUGAAUGUUUCAAAGACAGCCUAGACAUGAUACAAACCAGUGUGCAGCUCACAAUCCAGUUCAGGGAAGGGAGCUGGGGAGAGGCAGAGCAAGCGGGGAGAGACAGAAGGAGCAAGACAGAGAGAGAGAUAACAGAGGGCAAGAACAACAGAUGCAGAGAGAGCAAGAGACGGCCAUCACUGUCUCCUGAUGCACUAUCAUCAGAGGCACAUGUAAGGAGGGGUCACUUUGGAAGGUUCUUGAUGCAACUGAAGGGGUUAAACCUGGUUUCCACAAUAAGUCUGCGGUAACUGGGCAAGGAAUUAUUGAAGGUUGAAGGAGGCCUUUCAGUCUGUAAAGCCUGUGCUAGAUCUUUGGUGAAGAUCAGUCUUGCUUUGAUCAGAACUACCAGUUGUAGGUACGGUACUGGAUGCACGCAAGAAUUUAGAUUUUAUUUAUUCUGGUGUCUUUGUUCAUAAAACAAAAGAAUGCAAGAAAUCCAAUGUAAUUUUUUUUAAAAAUAGCGUUGUAAAUAAAGCUCUGUUUGAUUGACUAAA